AGUUCUUUUUGUUUUGUAAAAAUUAAUCAUCUUGUUCUUAAACUUGUAAAGUAGUUUUUGACAUUUUCACUAUGGAUGAUAUUCGUGAAUACCUUGCUAAUAAACAGGAAGAUGUGGAGGGAUUGAUUGCCGUCCGCGAUCAACAGCGUGCGGAUAAUGCGCUGCUGCGACAUCGGAUUUCUGCUCUGGAGAAACAGUAUGAAUUUUUGCGUCCUGUUUUUGAUCAGGAGUACAAAACUCGAGCGGUAUCAGACGAUGAGUUCACAAACCAACAAGGCUUCGAGGCCGUUUUGGAGCAGAUUGGAAACAAGAUUCUGGACAUUCAAAAGCUGAAGGAGACUGCCUCGCACGCCAUUAAUCAUUGUCUACAGAGUGUUGAAGAACCCGAGCAGCUCUCUUGCAGUGCCAUGCAGUGAUGAUCGUGAAACGAGAAAUGAGGCAUUGGACAAAGCGGUGGAUUCGGGAAACCGAAACUGGAAUGCUAUAUUUGAACAGCUGAUCAGCGCAUCCGCCAAGUCGGAUAAAUUUAUAACUGUCACUGAAUAUCAUCCACCGAUGAUCAUUGCUCUGCUGCAAGCACGCAUCGCGGUUCAGCACGACAAGGAUCCGGAAAAAAUUGCACUGGCUUUGUGACAGUCGUUUUUUAUAAUAAUUUUAAUUUCUUAUUCUGUUGGUAUUACCAAUGUGCUUCCUUCAUGUUUUUCAUUCUGAUGUUGAUUGGUAUUGGUUACGGUUUUCUGGUGUUUAAUGAGUAAAUGUAAAGAGGAAUAUUGUGUGGUAUUGCAUGCUUGCCUUUACUACAAUAUUAUAUUCCAAGGAGUUGUGCAGUAGUUGUGCGCUGAUGAUCAAACCUGAA